AUGAAGAGUUACUUUGGACAGUUGCAGAUUCUCUACGACGCAGGUCUCCGCAACUUUGUGCUGCUCACUGUUCCCCCAAUCGAUCGGUCCCCAUUGAUGCUGUCUCAAGGCAAAGACGUCACCAGCUUAGAAGCCGCCGUCAUCAAGCAGUACAACGACCUCAUCGCUAAAAAUCUUAAGCAGUUCAAGAAAAAGAACAGCGGCAUCACGGCGAAGAUUGUGGACACUCAUGCGCCGUUUAAUACAGCUCUGGAUAACCCAACAGCAUAUGGCGCCAAAAACGCUACCUGCUUCAAUGAGGAUGGCAAGUCGUGUCUGUGGUUCAAUGACUACCAUCCCGGAAUUGCUAUCCACGAUCUUACUGCGCAGGCUGUGGCUUCGGCUUGGAAGGAUACCUUUUUCUAG